GCACCACGGCUGACCUCCGGUUUCUGCGUGCACUGCCACGUUAGUAGCGGUAGACACAAAAUACCAGCUACUCUCUCAGCCUUAAGCAACAAAAAGACCAUAACCUGCACCUCUUCUGCCGCUUGUAGUCCCUCCCUGCACGGUCCCGCUGCUCCUGUGUCUCUGUUCGUAAGAAACUCGGCGCUAAAAUGUGGAAGUUUGUCUUGCUGUGCGCUCUGGCUGUAGCCCGAGCUGAGAUAACUGAGGAGGAAGAUGUUCUGGUGCUGAAGAAAAGUAACUUUGACGAGGCCCUAAAAGCUCAUCCAAACAUCCUCGUUGAAUUCUACGCUCCAUGGUGUGGUCACUGCAAGGCCUUGGCCCCAGAGUACGCCAAGGCGGCCGGGAUGCUGAAGGCAGAGGGCUCAGAAAUCCGCUUGGGCAAAGUCGAUGCCACAGAAGAGACAGAACUGGCUCAGGAGUAUGGUGUGAGGGGCUAUCCCACCAUCAAGUUCUUCAAGGGAGGAGAGAAAUCUUCACCCAAAGAGUAUUCUGCGGGCAGACAGGCUGAUGACAUUGUGAACUGGCUGAAGAAGCGCACAGGGCCCUCUGUUGCCCCACUGGAUGGAGUCAGUGGAGCAGAGUCUCUCAUCGCUGACAAUGAAGUUGCAGUCAUUGGGUUCUUUAAAGAUCCAAAGUCUGCUGAUGCCCAAGCCUUUGAGAAGGCAGCAGAGGCCAUUGAUGACAUCCCCUUCGCUUCCACUUCUGAUGAUGCUGUUUACUCAAAGUUUGAAGUGAGCCAGGAUGGUGUUGUCCUGUUCAAGAAGUUCGAUGAGGGACGCAAUACUUUUGAUGGAGAGCUGACUAAAGAAAACCUCUUGGCUUUUGUCAAGGCCAACCAGCUGCCCCUGGUCAUCGAGUUCACAGAGCAGACUGCUCCCAAAAUCUUUGGAGGAGACAUCAAGUCCCACAUCCUCAUGUUCCUGCCCAAAGGUUCCUCAGACUUCCAGGUGAAGAUGGAUGAGUUCAAGAAGGCAGCUGCAGGAUUCAAGGGCAAAAUCCUGUUCAUCUUUAUCGACAGUGAUGUAGAUGAUAACCAGAGGAUCCUGGAGUUUUUCGGUCUGAAGAAAGAAGAGUGUCCUGCCAUCCGCCUCAUUACCCUGGAGGACGAGAUGACAAAGUACAAGCCUGAGAGUGAUGCCAUCACAGCAGAAGGCAUUACGGAGUUUUGCACACUGUUCACUGAGGGAAAACUCAAGCCUCACCUCAUGAGCCAAGACAUACCUGACGAUUGGGACAAGAACCCUGUCAAAGUCCUGGUUGGGAAGAACUUUGAGGAAGUUGCCUUCAACCCAUCCAAGAAUGUCUUUGUUGAAUUCUAUGCCCCUUGGUGCGGACACUGCAAACAGCUGGCCCCUAUCUGGGAUAAACUGGGAGAGAAAUACAAGGACAAUGCAGACAUCAUUGUUGCCAAAAUGGAUUCCACAGCCAAUGAGAUUGAGACAGUCAAAGUGCACAGCUUCCCCACUCUCAAAUUUUUCCCUGCAGGAGAUGACCGCAAGGUGGUUGACUACAAUGGAGAGAGGACACUAGAGGGCUUCAGUAAGUUCUUGGAAAGUGGAGGUAAAGACGGAGGAGCCCCAACUGCAGAUGAUGAUGAAGAUUUGGAAGAGGAUUUGGACGAUUUGGGCGAGGGACAAGAUGAUGACUCUGACGGAGAGGACGAUGGACAUGACGAGUUGUAAAAUAAAAAGCAAAAAUCAGGAGAAAGGAGACGUGUCCCACCCGAAACCAGUCACCAUCACUACCUUCACUUACUUUGCCCCCUCCCCCCACCCCCAUUCCCAUUUUCUGUCCCAUGAACAUAUCCCCUUAAGGGCCAGUCAAAUGCCAGAUAGUCCUUUGCCAUGGGACCGCCAGCUGCAACUCUGCUACUGGCCAAAAUGGGAUGAAGAGGAAAAGUAAAAACUCACCUUUUUUUUUUUUUUUUUUUUACAUCUACGUAGGAGACCUCAAUGCCUUCUCUACAAAACGCCACAUCAGCUGUUUGCCUAUAUUCAGACCAAAUGUAAAAGUGGCAUUGCAGUUUAUUUAUCAUCAAAAUAUAUGUCCUUUUCAACCGUGUUUUGAAUACGCCUUGUGCCAUUGUUCACUGUGGGGCCAUGGGCAGAAUUGAGUGUAACAUAAUCCCAUCUAAUUGUCCAAUCUUUUUGUCCUUUUCCCUUUGAUUUGAAUGCAGAGGACCAGGUUUUGUGGUUGAUUUGUAGAGCAAUUCCUCAGGGGGACAUGGGGAUAUCCUAUUGGUGUGUUUUUGUAUUGAAUUCAGCACCCUCUGAUCCUGUCUAGCAUAUCACAAAGUCCUUUUCCCCCAAUUUGUAACCAAGACCAAGUCAUUUUACUUUAGGUUGGGAAGCCUACAUUAUUUUGUUAUUUCAUUCCCUUGUCAACUUCCCGAUAUAGUCUCCUCAUUUCGCAUUGCUGCUUGCGUUUUGUAAAAAAAAAUAGAAUGGUUAACUUUUUGGGGUAAAUCGUGUUAUUUAAUUGCUUUCACUGAGGAUUUUUAUAAUUUAGGUUUUGUCAUUUUUAAUAGUGUUGAAAUGUGCCCAGUUCUAGUGCGUUGGCCUUGUUGGGGGCCCUUACACACAAUUUUGAAGAGUUCAAACUGAAAACUCUUGAUAGGUUGCACUGCAUUUAUGCCUAUUUGGAGAUUUACUACUAAACACACAGGCAGACUGGUGCAGAUUACUGGUCAGGCUGGUCUGAGAAAUGUGUCUAUUAAUACAAGAAAGGGAGCAGUUGCAUUGCCCUAUCCCACACUCAUGUACGUAAAACAUCCCAUUUGGCUCUACCUUGUACCUUGUUGCUGCAGUGUGCUAUGGGUGCAUGUUUGUAUUGAGUGAAUGGUAACUGUGUGAUGAAUAUACUUUGUGCAUUAACAGAUGAAUGAAUGUGUGUACUUGUGUGUUUCUGUAUGAUGGGAAGGGUCAGCCUCUAGGGGAUGGGUAUAACAACUGUACAACUGUGUGGGGGAAAAAAAACGCAACUUAAGCAUUCCAUCAUAUUCAAAUUGAUGUGGAAACGUGAAAUGGUGGCCAAUAAAAAUAUGAAAAAAUUA